AUGGGAUCCUCGAUGGAACCUGACCGGGAUGCCGGAGUCAAAGACGCCGUGGAAUAUCCCGAACAAUUGCAACAAGAAGGCACCCAAGAAGAAGGAAGCAAAAAUGACGGCCUGGGAAACAUCCCGUCAUACAGCUUGGCAGGCUCUGGCGCGCAGAAUCCAAACAACAACCGUGGAUAUACAGAUAAAGAGUACGAGCAGUACAAUUCUCAGUGUAACCAACAACAUGAUAUUCCCACUUGGAGUUUGGCUCAGCCACUCCCUCAUAUUGUCCGGCCUGGCAUGCGUCAUGGCGCCUUGCCAGAGGAUCGACAGGAGGAUCAAGGCAAUGAAGGCAAUACGACACAGAACGGCGACGAUUUAACGCACAGGCGCGAAGUUCAGAAACAACAGUCGGUGGAAAAUCGAACGAAGACGGUCAACGAUCCCAAAGACGAUGGUUUUUUCAAUAGCUGGUCGAAAAUCCGUCACCAUCUUCGUGAGCCGCUGGCUGAAUGGCUUGGAACAACUAUGGCAAUGACAAUCGGUCUUUGCGCCACUUUAUCGAACUUCACUUCCUCUGGACAAGCAGGAUCAUACCCUGCUCAAAGUGCUGCCUGGGGCUUUGGAUUCAUGACCGCUAUCUACACCACCGGAGGUAUGUCUGGUGGUCAUUUAAACCCAGCCAUCUCAAUCUCGCUGUCUGUAUUUCGUGGAUUUCCCGCGCGUCGAUGUGUGAUCUACAUUGCCGCGCAACUCCUCGGUGCCAUCACCGCAGGGGGUAUAUCAUACGCGAUCUACCAUGACGCCAUUGUUGAAGUGGCCAAAGUGGCCAAAGUGCCUCAGAAUGCAAGCGUCGCCAGUCAGGCUCUUCUCACCUUGCCGAAACCAUUUGUCCAUCCUGCGACUGCGUUCUUCACUGAGUUUUUGGGCAGCGCAAUCUUGGUAGCUUCUAUUCUCGCUCUGGGAGACGAUACAAAUGCGCCUCCUGGGGCUGGAAUGCAAGCCUUUAUCGUUGGUAUUAUCAUCACGAUUGUGGUCCUUGGACUUGGGUAUAACACCGGAGGUUGUUUCAACGGCGCACGAGACUUUGGCCCACGACUUGUUGCCCUCAUGGCUGGAUGGGGUGGCCAGGUCUUCCGCGAAUACCAUGCAUGGUGGAUUUGGGGUCCGUGGGUUGCAGAUAUUACCGGUGCAUUGUUUGGCGCUUUGAUCUACGACUUGGCUAUCUUUACUGGUGGCGAGAGUCCAGUCAACUAUCCCCCACGGAGGCGAAAUCGGGCAUACCGUGUUAGAGCUUUGAAUUUCCGGAAGAAACUUCGUCGUGCGAAAAAGAAGGUCCCCGAUCUUGAGCAGUCUGUGAAGGAUACUGAGGGCUGA